AUGUCGGAACGUUUCUUCCCGGAAACGAAGGCCAUAGAGAUGUAUAGAAAAGCGUGUGAGGCGAAUGAUGUAAGAAAUCCGGAAGUAUUCCAAGAAUUUAUGGUAACGAUUAACCUAAAACUUAAUACGGUCGACUUGGAAUUUCGAAAAAGUCACGAUGAAAUCGACGGAAAAGCAGUCUGGGCAUUGGUUAAUACUAAUGGCGAUGAGGUUGCAAAAUUAGCUACGGAGUAUUCGCCCGUUGAGAUUGCGUAUUUCAAACAUUUGAUUGAACUUAUUGUUACCGCGGAUGAUGAAGCAUUUUCGAUUUCAUCAAUUACUGCAUUGAAAGAAGCUUCCAAACUCAAAGCUACCAUAACCAAAAACACAGCGGAAAAUCUAUUGCAAAGAUUUGUUGAUGAUAAAUGGUUAAUCUUGUCACCAGGUGGAAGAUAUUCUUUGAGUCAGAGAACAAUUCUCGAAUUGCAAGUUUAUCUAAAAGAAGAAUUUGAGGAAAAUCUAAUUGAAUGUACUUUAUGCUAUGAUAUUGUUACUCAGGGUCAACGUGAGAAGAUCUGCCCAACCUGUAAAAUUCCAUGGAAGGAAUCUAAUGAGAUUGGGGAGCCGCGAAGUAAAUCUGGGGCGACGAGAUCUAGAAGAAGAGAUUGGCGUAACACGAUCGACAGCGAUCAAGAUGAUCGCCUACAAGACGAUUCUUAA